AAUCAAACAGAGAUGCAGAGAGCUGCUGAAGAGGCAGGUAACGUGAAGACAGGGACUGGGGGUGCUCCGGCUGAGGGCAGGACGACGAGCCGAUCGCUGAGUCAGGAUCAGGGAACCUUCAGAGCUCCAGACAAGCCAGAGCCACUGACCAGGCAGCACUCACGACCUUUGACCCGCAGCAGACCAUUGACCCGUUCGUCCCUCUCGUCCCCUACACACCUCCAUGCUCGACGGGCCAGGGCUGCUGCAAGGAUGACCAGUAGAUCAGCAGAGAUUGAGGCUAAGGAGGCUUGUGAUUGGUUGAGAGCAGCGGGAUUUCCACAGUACGCCCAGCUCUAUGAAGAUUCCCAGUUUCCAAUUGACAUUUCCUCAGUGAAAAGGGACCACGACUUUUUGGACCGUGAUCUGGUGGAACCUCUAUGUCGACGUCUAAAUACUUUGAACAAGUGUGCCUCCAUGAAACUGGAUGUCAGCCACCCCAAAAAGAAAGGUGAAGACUCUGAUGAAGAUGACCCGUUGGCUAUCAGUAAAAGGUGGACGUUCGAGUGGAGCAGCCGACGUUGGUCUCGCAUGCAUGACUUCUUGUUGGACACCGCCAAUGAAAGCAGCCCGACAGAUCAGGGGGAGGGUCUGCUGCACAGCACAGUGAGCAGUGAGAGUGUGCUGACAGACCUGAGCGAGCAGGAGAUCACAGAAAUCUCCUCCCUGCAUAGUGAGGACUCCGCCUCCGCCAUGCCUGACUCUUUAUCGAUGGCAUCUCUCUCCGCUUCCUACCAACCACCCAGGGAUCUUUCACACUACAACUCCCUGCCAAUCAAGAGCAGCCGCCAUGGGCAAGGAGGGCGGAGCAAAGCCAAAGAGUUUUUGCGUCGCAUGGAACUAAUGCGCACUUGGGGGCCGUCGACGAAGCGGAAAAGCUCAAAUCGCAGGCCACCACUGGUCAUCAGUGGGCCGGUGUUACAUGGCGAAGAGCCACAUGCACUGCAGAUGCUCCAGUGUACUCCCAUCAGCCAACUAGAACACAGCCCUGAACACAGCCACCAAACUGAUGGUGACACUUCCCAUUUCUCCCUUACCAAUGAUUGUAAAGACCAAUCGACUGUGAGUGUGAGCCCCAGCAGUGAGACAGUGGCGCUCAGUGUAAAGGAGCCUGUAUGUAGAAAACACCGCAAUGCGAGCAAGAGAAGCAGCAUGUAUCUGGAGGAUAUGGAGCUACCUUCUCAAGGUAAGAGGACUGAAGGUCAGAAUCUGUUUGGCAGAAACCAGUUCCACUCAUAUGAAAACCUCCUUGUUCACAUCCCCAAAGACCAUAAACCAGGCACCUUUCCAAAAGCUCUAUCCAUAGAGAGCCUGGCACCUUCCCCUGGUGACAGGAACAAUGGCCCCCAGACAAGGGCCCAAACUUCUCCACUCAGCAAUGGCCUUGGUGAGCCCUGGUGUGGUAAACUUCUGUCCAAGCCCCCCUGUCCUGGAGCUCCACGGGGCAGCAGGGUGAGUGUUUAUGACAACGUCCCGGGCUCCCACCUUUACGCCAGCACAGGAGACCUGCUGGACUUAGAGAAAGAGGACAAUCUGUUCCCUCACCUAGAUGACAUCAUCCAGCAUGUGAGCGGUUUGCAGCAAAUAGUGGACCACUGGAGCCGCAGUGUGCUGCCUGAGGAUGAGGCAGGGGAGGGGGAAGGGGAGGAGGAAGGGGAAGGCAGGACCACUCCGAGUGAGGGCGAGAGAGAUGGGGUCUCCUUGAACGACACUGAUUCGACAGGAACCAGCCGGGAGAGGCGGGACUCUGGAGUCGGGGCCUCCCUGACGAGACCACGUCUACGAUGGCCAAGUUUCAGAACCUCUGAUCAUCUCAACCAGCCAGCAUCUUCACUGCAGAUCAGUAACCAAUCAGCGGGCCAGCUCAGCCUGCUGCAGAAGUUCUCUUUGCUCCGCCUCACCGCCAUCAUGGAGAAAUACUCAAUGUCCAAUAAACACGGCUGGACGUGGUCUGUGCCCAAGUUUAUGAAGCGCAUGAAGGUGCCAGACUACAAAGAGAAGAGUGUGUUUGGUGUUCCCCUCAUCAUCCAUGUCCAGCGCUGUGGUUUUCCGCUCCCUCUGUGUUUACAGCAGGCCCUCAGCCACCUCCGAACACACUGUCUGGACCAGGUGGGAUUGUUCCGCAAAUCUGGCGUGAAGUCUCGUAUUCAGGCUCUGAGGCAACAAUGUGAGCUGUCCCCUGACUCUGUGAGCUACGAGGACCAGUCAGCUUACGACGUGGCCGACAUGGUCAAACAGUUCUUCAGAGACUUGCCAGAGCCUCUGCUAACAAGCAAGCUGGGGGACACCUUCCUGCAUAUUUACCAGUAUGUCCCAAAGGAGCAGAGGUUGCAGGCCGUCAGAGCAGCCAUUUUGCUAAUGCCAGAUGAAAACAGGGAGGUGCUGCAGACGUUGCUCCACUUCCUGCGUGAUGUCACUUCCCUGGUGGAGGAGAACCAGAUGACGCCGAUGAACCUGGCUGUUUGUCUGGGACCUUCGCUCUUCCACCUUAGCAUACUGAAGAACGAGACGCUGUCACCAAGGUCAAUCCAGAGGAAGUACACCACAGGCCGCCCCGAUCAGAAAGACCUGAAUGAGAACCUGGCAGCCACCCAGGGCCUGUCACACAUGAUCACUGAGAGCCAGCGUCUCUUUCAGAUCCCAGAGGAGAUGGUGACCCAGUCUCGCAACUCCUACAUGGAGGCUGAGCUGAUGGUGCCCCCGCUGGACGAACUGUGCAAGGCUCACGAGGAGGAAGUGGAUGAGGACGAGGAAGAGGAAGAUGAGGAGGGGUCCUAUCAUGCACACCUAGAAAAGCUGGUCCAGAACGUGCUGGAAGAGGCCAAAGAUAAGAGCAAAGGCUGGGUGUCUCGCUCGACUAGUGACAAUACAGAACUGGCAUAUAAAAAGGUGGGAGAUGGUAACCCUCUGAGGCGAUGGCGAGUGAGUGUUGAGGUGUCUGCAACUCCCAGUGAGGUGCUGCAGCGGCUGUUGAGAGAGCGCCCCCUGUGGCAGACUGAACUACAGCAGGAGAAGAUUCUGGAGACACUGGAUAAACACACAGAUGUGUACCAGUACUCCUGCCACAACAUGGCCCCUGUACCCAGCUGUGACUAUGUGGUACUAAGAUCAUGGCGUACAGACCUGUGUAAAGGCUUCUGUGCGCUGGUGUGUGUGUCCGUCGAACAUGAUGACAGCCCACGCAUGGGAGCAGUGAGGGGGGUGGUGCUGGAGUCCCAGUACCUCCUUGAACCCUGUGGGACUGGGAGGACCAGGCUCACACAUAUCUCCAGAGUGGACCUCAGGGGAAGAUCUCCAGAAUGGUACAACAAAGCAUUUGGUCACCUGUGUGUUAAUGAGGCCCAGAGGAUCCGCUCCUCGUUUCAACCGCCAGACCAGACGAGCACUGAGGCCAAGAUCUGAACCCAAAGCUUUAUCGUGGGUCACACUGCCAGAGCAGUUAGGCCUGAGAGCCAGCGACCCAGGAGGGGAAUCAUCCAGGCGGUGGACUUGAGCGUUUUUUCACGCUGCCGAGCCACACUGAACGUUACUGUACCAUACUGUACUGAGUUACAGUCAUUCACACACAGAAAAGGGAGUAUUUUUGUGAUGUAUUACAGUAAUUCUGCAGAGCAACAUAUCGCUACUUAUUUAUCUUAUAAAUAAUGAUUUUUUUUUAAUGCCAUGUUUUGCCCCACGGAGGAAACUUUGGUUUCCAAUUCCAAAUGUGAAAUAGCCCAUUUGAUUUUCUUUGAAUAGCCAUUGAUUUUUUGUAUAAUUAGCUCAUAACCAUUUUCAUUAUCGGGGGAAUGAGAUUGUGACAGUUAGUAUUUUCAGUAUUUAUUGUUCUGGGAGAUUCUUCCAAAUCCUCAUUUACUAAUCAAAUGUCUUGCACAAAAAUAAAAAAAGACCUAAUAAAACAGCCAGCACCAAAAGGCAUGAUCAUGAGAUGGUUUAAUUUGAUAUCGCUAUAACUGAUUUUAUGGUGUGCUAAAAUGGCAUAAAAGUUACUCACACUUAAAGUAGAAUACUCAUAUUUGUAUUGAUUACUAUCUCCAUCUCUUUAAAAUACCACAUAGCCUGCCAGUAGAAUAUACCGUACAUGACUCAUUUGAUUAAAACUGUUCAGACCAUCUUUAAUUCUCAGAUGUAUUAUUGAAUAGACCUGAAAAAGCAGGACGCAUUCAACCCUGAUCUGUUUUUAUCACAGUCAAUCAAACAAAAUCACUUACAUAUGCACAUUUAUAACACGCACUUGAUUAUGAUCGAGCCUUCCACAGAUAAAGAUGCAUAAAUCCCUGUCUUUAGGAAUGACCAGGACCAGUACAAUAUGGUUACAUGUCAGCAUUACGUUGUGAAAAGUGCACUCGUUCAGGAAAAACAAGCACACGAGGGAUCCGGAUCACAGAGAGGGCAAAUAUUCAUCGGGUUCAUCAAUCGUGCUGUUAUGGAAACAUUGUGUUGAAAAUCACUGUUGAUUUAGUUCUGUCACUAUUUUCAGUGUUAAUCUUAUAUAAAUGUUAUUUUAAAGUUAUUAUUGUCAUUAUAUCCAUGUACAUUGUAUCACUUUUUGUUUUGCUGUCAUGUUAUAUACAAUGUCUAAGACAUUUGAUCAUUUCACUGCUUCUGGGAAGCAUGUUUGAAAUUGUGUGUGUGUGUGUGUGUGUGCGUGUGUGUGUGUGUGUGUGUAUGCAUGAAUGUGCCUGUGUAUCUGCAUUUUAGGUAUACGAUACAGCCUGUAUUGUAAAUAUAUAUGACGCUUUCUGUGACACAGAUUAAACAUCGUAGCUUUUCAGGGUCUUCCUAUCAUAUUGAUAUGCUGAAAUGUGAACUUUUCACAUACAAUCCUACUAAGCAAUAGCAGACUGAAGCUUGCUCGGCCAUGGCACUGCCUUGGCUUUUUGUUUUGUUAUUAGCUGUAGGCGUUGCUAUAGUGUUGCUAUGAUACAAUAUCUCUACAGUGCCACCAAAAUCCUGCGUGGAUGCUGUUUGCAGGGGAACAGUGUGGCAUGUGUAUUUGUGUGUUUGUGUAAAUAUGUGUGUAUGAGAGAGACAAAAAGACAAAUGUUGAGUGAGUGACUUUGACGUGAGCCCUCGGCUGUGUGGGAAGAGGCUCCAAACCUAGCCGAGUAGCUGAGACCAGGGUGAUUUAUGCUCGGUUAUUUCUGAACACGACCAUUGUUUCUGAACAAAGAGAAUUAAAAAAAUCUAAGAAUUCAACAGAAA